AUGUUGCAGAAAAAAUCAAAGAUCUCUGCAUCUCACAGACUGGCUCUCAAGACCAAGCUGCUGAAAAUGGCAGCUGAGAUGUUGGAGAAGAAGAAGGAGGAAAAGAAGCAGGCGAGGGAAGCCACUCUGGCUGAGAGAGUCCCUCCACUCCAGCUGUCGGGUUUGUCCGUCCAGGACCUUCUGGCUCUGUGCAAAGAUCUGCACCAAGAGAUUGACGUGGUAGAUGAAGAGAGUUAUGACGUUGAUGCCAAAGUGGUCAAAAAUACUAAGGAGGUUGAACAUCUUUCCAUGAACAUUAUUGAGCUGAAGGGUGACAUGAAGCGACCUGCUCUCAAGAGGGUGAAGGUCUCAGCUGACGCCAUGCUGGGCGCUCUGCUGGGAGCUCUGCUUGGAGCUCUGCUGGGCGCUAAGGUCAAAGAGUCCGUGGACUUUAAGGCCAACCUGAAGACCGUGAAGAAAGAGGAGGAGAAGGAGGUCACUGACUGGCGUAAGAACGUGGAGGCCAUGUCUGGUAUGGAGGGCAGGAAGAAGCUGUUUGACGCUGGACAGUAUAUUUAG